AUAGCAGUGACACACAUCAUCCAGGAAUCUAGGCCUUCUCGCUCCACAACUGAGAGACUUUCAGCUUCAUCAGCAGCACAAGCGCCAUGGGGCAGAGAGUUAUAUUUUCGCGGAGUCAGCCUCGCCGACGUAGCCUGAGCACGGUACUUCUCCUCUCCCUCGUCCUGUUCUCAUCUCUCCACGCCACGUUGGCCUUUCGCUUCUCCGCGGGGCUCCGUGUGGACAAGCUGCGCGGAAUGAUGCGCGGAAAGGCGCAAGGCGGAAGCUCGACCGGCCAGCACCAGCAGCAGCAGGGCGGCGGAGUUGGAGGCGGCGGAAUGGGUGGCGACGGAAUGGGCGACCGCGGAAUGGGAGGUGGCGGCGGCAGCGGAAUGGGCGGAGGAGGAAUGGGCGGCGGCGGAACGGGAGGCGGCGGAAUGGGAGGCGGCGGAAUGGAAGGCGGCGGAAUGGGAGGCGUCGGGAUGGGCGGCGGCGCAAUGGGAGGCGGCGGAAAGGGCGGCGGCGGAACGGGAGGCGGCGGAAUGGGCGGCGGCGGAACGGGAGGUGGCGGAAUGAGUGGCGGCGGAAUGGGCGGCGGCGGAAUGGGGGGAGGCGGAAUGGGCAGCGUCGGAAUGGGAAGCAGCGGAAUGGGCGGCGGCGGAAUGGGGGGAGGCGGAAUGGGCAGCGUCGGAAUGGGAAGCAGCGGAAUGGGCGGCGGCGGAAUGGGAGGCGGCGGAAUGGGCGGCGGCGGAAUGGGCGGUGGCGGAAUGGGAGAAGGCGGGAUGGGCGGAGAAGGAGCCAUGAGUCCUGGGGGGAGCAUGGGCGGAGGCAUGGAUGGGGAUAUGGGCGGAGGCAUGGACGGUGGUAUGGACGGAGGUAUGGAUGGUGGUAUGGGCGGAGGCAUGGAUGGUGGUAUGGGCGGAGGCAUGAGGCGUUGAAGGGGCGAAGCCUCACGUGCAGCACCGGAGCAACCAUCAUAAGACACCUAGUUCUGCCCCAUCCAUUUCCAUCCUUCACGUGCUUCAUCGCAGCGCUUGUCCCAGGACACCUGCCCACACAUGCAUAAUCAUUUAGUUAUGCCCAUGUCAUCACUAUCCUAGUUGGACCCUGGGUGCGGUAGAAGCUUGGUCGCAGCAGCACUCCAAGCGAUUGCUUGCAGAGUGCUGCUUCGUCCAAGCUCCUCUGGACUGUCAGUCACACUCUCUCCAGGUGCUGCUGCUCAUCCUCCAGUACAACGGAACCUGGUUGGAAACCCUAGGCAGCCGAUAAAUGUGUUUCUGUGUGUUAGUUAACGGAAUGAAUCAGAGCUCGGAUU